CGCUGGCAGCCACUGUUUCUAUCAGCAUCUUUCCGCAUAGACUCUGUGGUUUUUGUGGUUGCUUUAUUGAUUCUGCUAGAUUUCUUUAACCUUUGCACUGCUAUCUGAUAACACCGAAAAUGUCUGGAAAUCGUCGUAAUUUCAUGAUAGGCGUUAUGAUUGAUGAUCUGAACAGAGCCUAUUAUCAGCCAGAAACUUCAGUCGAUGGCUUAUUAGAUGCAGUUUUGGGAAAUAAGCAUCUUCCUCUUCCUCAGUAUCCGCGUCUCACAGCUGGUGAAUUUCUGGAGGUGUUUCUGGAACCGCGUUUAGGUCCUCUAAUCAUGCCACACACGUUUAUAGAAAGUAAAGUUGGCGAACAGGGCGGCCCGGACCAGAUCUGGCUAUACGGUCGGAUUGGGUGCCUGGACGACUUCGAUAAUAUAAAGCGGGCACUGAACAAUGCUUGGCGUGAUCGGGGUAUUGGAUUUGUGCGCCUACUGCUGCCAGGUGAGAGCAACGCGCUCAAAAGUGGCCAAUAUCCUGCCACUGGUGGUUCCCGUGAAAAUUCUCGCCGAAAGGAUAAUGAUCGCAACGACGACGGCAACGACAAGCGAACUACCGUUCGUAAUGGUGGAUUCGGCGGACGUCUGGGCACUGACUAUCGCGGACGAUAUGGUUACCAGACCAGCGGCGAGUACAAUCGCGACUAUGGCGGAUACGGCACCAACUAUGAUCGUGACAAUCGCGGAGGGUCCAACACUACUACCAGUUACGAUCGUGAUCGCUAUGAUGUAAACCGCCAAACAACUGGCGGAGAGGCAACUGCGCGUGGUGGCUAUUACAGCAGCAGCUCUAAUAACUGGGAUCGCCUAACUUACGGUGCCGAUAACUACACCAGCCGCAAUUAUGGCGGAUACGGCACCAGCUAUGAUCGUGACAAUCGCGGAGGGUCCAACACUACUACCAGUUACGAUCGUGAUCGCUAUGAUGUAAACCGCCAAACAACUGGCGGAGAGGCAACUGCGCGUGGUGGCUAUUACAGCAGCAGCUCUAAUAACUGGGAUCGCCUAACUUACGGUGCCGAUAACUACACCAGCCGCAAUUAUGGCGGAUACGGCACCAGCUAUGAUCGUGACAAUUGCGGAUCGUCCAACACUACUACCAGUUAUGAUCGUGAUCGCUAUGAUGGAAACAGCUACACAACUGACGGAGAGGCAACUGCGCGUGGUGGCUAUUACAGCAGCAGCUCUAAUAACUGGGAUCGCCCAACUUACGGUGCCGAUAACUACACCACCCGCAAUUAUGGCGGAUACGGCAACAACGAUCGCGACAACACUCGCGGUCACUCUUAUGCCAUUCGCUAAAACUCAUAACUUUCGUUUUUCCUGCGAAUCACCUGUAUGUGCUGAUUUUCCGCUCGUUUCUUUAAUUCCAUUGAACCUGUUUUUUCGUUGAAUCGAUGAUACGCGUUCGCCCUGCGGUGUGGAGUGAAGGCAGUAAACGUGAUAACUUUCUUAACCAAAUCUGCCAAAAUGUUUAAUCUUUUGACGCUUUGGCUGUCAUAUCUCAGAACUGGACCAAGUGUAACAGAAGAUCUUGUGCUUUGUAUGGUUUUUGUCUUUCCAGAAGAAUCUUACUGAUUUAGUGUGAAUUAAAAUUAAAUUCUUU